AUGGUCGACAAACCUGCCAAAGAACCCACCACGAUGGAGGACAAGACGCAUACAUCCGAAUUCUUGUCCUCCACCCAUCACACCAACCAAGAGAAAGACCAAUUGUUCCACGGCCCUCCCAAGCCCACCACUUCCCAGGUGGAACGCUCUGGGGCGGAUGGCAAGAUUGUUCUCACCGAGGAAAGCUGCUAUGAAGAGCUGGGCUUCUGCUUCCCGGCUUGGAAGAAGUGGAUGAUCAUCUCAGUGAUUUUUCUGGUCCAGGUAUCCAUGAAUUUCAAUACCAGUCUCUAUUCCAACGGCCUCACCGGCAUCUCGGAGGAAUUUGGUGUUAGCAUGCAGGCAGCACGAUGCGGUGCAAUGAUUUACUUGGUUACUUAUGCCUUCGGGUGCGAACUCUGGGCCCCUUGGAGUGAGGAACUUGGGCGUAAACCUAUCCUCCAACUCAGCAUGUUUCUGGUUAAUAUCUGGCAGCUGCCCGUGGCCCUUGCACCCAACUUUGCCACUAUCAUGAUUGGCCGGGCAUUCGGAGGGCUCAGUUUAGCUGGUGGAUCGGUUACCCUUGGUAUGGUGGCCGAUAUGUGGGAAUCCGACACACAACAAUACGCUGUGGCCUGCGUUGUCUUCUCCUCGGUGGGAGGGUCAGUCGUAGGGCCUGUCGUGGGUGGUUUUGUCGAGAAAUACCUGGAAUGGCGUUGGACGAUCUGGAUCCAGCUUAUUUUUGGCGGCUUUGUCCAGAUUAUUCACCUUCUGAUCGUCCCUGAGACCCGAACAACGGUCAUGCUAAGCCAGAUUGCUAAGAAACGAAGAAAGAAUGGAGAGGAAGUUUACGGACCAUACGAGAUAAUUCCCUGGAAGGAGCGUUUCUCUAUGAAGGAGAUUUGCAUAACCUGGAUCCGGCCCUUUAAGAUGUUCCUGACAGAGCCUAUCGUUCUGACACUAUCGCUGCUGAGUGGUUUCAGCGACGCGCUCAUCUUCAUGUUCAUCCAAUCUUUUGGACUGGUAUAUGAACAAUGGGGGUUUGAUUCUGCUGCCCUCGGCCUCUCGUUUCUUUCGAUCAUGGUGGGCUACGUGAUUGCCUGGCUCUCGUUCUUCCCUGUUAUCAGGAGGAACAUGGCCGAGCGACGCCGCAAACCUGACGAUGAACGGGCGCAGUACGAGUCUCGGCUAUGGUGGCUGCUCUACACAGUGCCUUGCCUGCCCAUCGGCCUGAUCGGGUUUGCCUGGACCAGCAGCGGGCCUCCUAUCCACUGGAUGGGCACCAUGGUGUUUGCGGCUAUGGUGGGAAUUGCCAACUACUGUAUCUACAUGGCCACAAUCGACUAUAUGGUGUGUGCUUAUGGUCCAUAUUCUGCCUCGGCCACCGGGGGCAACGGCUUUUCGCGGGAUAUCCUGGCCGGUAUCCUCACGGUUCCAGCCACUCCCUUUUAUGAGAAUAUCGGCGGGGAGCGCCAUCUGGAGUAUGCUUCGACCAUCCUAUUCUGCAUUUCCGUCGUUCUAGUGGCUUCAGUGUACGUGAUCUACUGGUACGGACCAGUACUUCGCAAGCGCUCGCCAUUCGCCCAGCAGCUCUCUUCCCAGAUGGAGGGACACUCGCACAGCCGACGGGCGUCCGCGAUUGCGCCUGGUUCUGCACCUUGUUCUGCACCUGGUUCUCGCCGGAAUACCCUGACUUAUCAUCAGGGAUGA